CAACUCAUUUAUGUUGUUAUUGGAUGAUAUGCUAAUUAAGGAUCAGGAACCGGAGGCCCAAGGAACUCAACUCCAAACGCACGCAGUGCCAGUGAUAGAGAAGACAGAGAUAUAUAGAAAGCAGAAUUCUUUGUCAUAAAAUCUGAUAGUAAUUGCUGGAGAAGAUGUCGAAGCUGAGCGACUCAAAGGUCAUAACAUGCAAAGCUCUGGUGUGUUGGGGAAUUGGGGAAGCGUUGAAGGUGGAAGAGAUAGAAAUAGAUCCUCCAAAAUCAUCUGAAGUUCGCGUCAAAAUCCUGUAUGCCAGUGUUUGUCACACAGACUUGUUAUACACCGAGGGCUUUCCAGCUCCUUCGUUCCCUCGAGUUUUAGGACAUGAAGGUGUCGGUGUGGUAGAGAGUGUGGGUGAGGAAGUAACAGAUGUCAAAGCAGGAGAUUUUAUCAUUCCAACUUACAUGGCCCAGUGCCAAGACUGUGAGUAUUGUGUGUCGGGAAAGACGAACUUGUGCCUAAAAUACCCACUACCCUUGAGUGGUCUUAUGGCUGAUGGCACUUCCAGAAUGUCUGUGAGAGGCCAGAGGCUGUACCAAGCCUUUUCUUGCUCUACGUGGUCGCAGUACAUGGUUGUUGAUGCUAUCUACGUCCUCAAGAUUGAUCCCAGCAUAAUUGAUCUGCCUCAUGCUAGUUUUCUCUCCUGUGGAUUUUCAACUGGAUUUGGGGCUGCUUGGAAGGAUGCUGGGGUUGAAAAAGGAUCAAGUGUUGCUGUUCUUGGUCUUGGUGCUGUUGGAUUAGGGGUCAUAGAGGGAGCAAGAAAACAAGGGGCCGAAAGGAUAAUUGGCGUUGACAAGAAUGAGAAGAAACGUAAAAAAGGAGAAGCAUUUGGAAUGACUCACUUUAUAAACUCUGAUGAUAAAAAUGAUGAGAAAUCUAUUUCCCAGCAGGUCAAAGAAUUGACUGGUGGACUUGGUGUGGAUUAUUGUUUUGAGUGCACAGGAGCCUCACCCUUGCUCAAUCAAGCUCUCCUUUCCACAAAAUCGGGAAAAGGGGAAGCAAUAAUAAUUGGUGCUGGAAAUCAUCCAACAGUGGAGAUCAGUUCCCUACCCUUAUUGCUUGGUGGAACCUUGAGGGGUUCCGUUUUUGGAGGGCUCAGGGCCCAAGCUGACCUACCUGUUCUAAUCGACAAAUGCAAAAAUAAGGAAAUCCAACUUGGUGAACUUUUGAGUCACGAAAUUUCACUGGAACAGGCUGAUAAAGUAUUUGACCUAAUGAAGCAUCCGGACUGUGUGAAGAUUGUUAUCAAGCUGAGUGAUCCUCUCUAGAAAUAUUAACGUUCUAGAUGCAUGUUGGCUAGCAUGCUAACUAGCAUGUGAUAAUAAAGGAAUUUUGGGCACCAAAUAUGUUGAUAAUAAGUGUCUUCGGCACCAAUUGCAAGCAUAUGAAACUUUUAUUUCAUAUAUUGUUAUUUAAAGGUUUCAACAGAUUUGAUUUUGGACUUGUGAAAUGUUUAGUAUAAAGGAAUUUCCCGCACCAAACAUGUUACAAACACAUGAUUUUUAUGAUAAUUAACCUCCUGAAUUGUGUGCUU